AAAAGACUCUAUCCCUCUCUCUGCUCGUACUUACUGAUUCUAUGUAUUUUUUGCUGAAUUGCUGCAGAGUACUUUCUUCUUGUUCAGUUACUUCCCUGGUUUAUUCAUGAUCUGACUGUCUCUUAUUCGGUGCAUUCGCGUCGUUGAAAUCGAAGCAGAACUGUUUAAUUUUGAUUAUUUUCAUUUUAGUGUUGCCUUAAUUUGUACUGGAUUUUAUCUUGUGGGGAUCCGUUAUCGGAUGAUAGAGUUUUUGUUCAGACAGUUUUUCCAGUUCUGGGUCGUAGUUUUCUCUAAUUAUAUUUGGGUUUUCUGGGUUCAUUUUGUUAUUGGUCUUUGUGUUGACUUUGUCGAACACCUGCCAUUCGAAGAAAUUUUCUCUACAUUUACAGUCCAUCCUCUUGUUUAGUGUGGGAUCUGGGUAGAAAUUCUAGAUAGAAAAUUGUGUAAAAGAAGAGAACCAUCUAUUAAUAGUUGAGUUAUUCGUUUUGGAACAAAUACAGUUUGAUUGAUUAGUAAGCUUUGUUCUGCAUUUUUUUUUUUACUUUGAAAAUUUAAAAUAUGUUUAGAGGAAUUGGUUUGACCUUAGAGAUCUCAAUUACUUCUUGUUAUGUUAGUAUGAUGGGAAAGGCUGGAUUUGGAUGUUGAAAGUGGAGGAUUGAAGAGAGUGCGGUAGGAAGUGAGAGUGGAUUCAGAUGGGGAACAGUUGUGUUGGACCGAGUAUUUCAAAUAAUGGAUUCUUUCAAUCAGUUUCAGCUGCAAUGUGGCGGUCCAGAUUGCCUGAUGAGGGGCUUUCUCAUACUAAUGGAGAUGCAGCCAGUGAGACACCAUCUGCCAAGGAAAACCCUGCAGCGCCUUCGUCUGUUCAAAGCAAACCCCCAGAACAGGUGAAGAUUCCCAAAGAGGAAACUAAACCAGCGCCGCCUGCAAAUCCUAAGAAGCCCCACCAUAAGAGAGCGCCGAGUGCUGGGCUCCAGGUGGAGUCUGUGUUGACAAAAAGGACAGGCUAUCUAAAGGAACGGUUUAGUUUGGGGAGGAAGCUUGGUCAAGGGCAGUUUGGAACUACUUUUCUCUGUGUGGAAAAAACAACUGGGAAAGAGUAUGCAUGCAAAUCCAUUGCGAAGAGGAAAUUGAUUACAGAAGAGGAUGUCGAGGAUGUGAGGAGGGAAAUUCAGAUAAUGCACCACUUGGCUGGCCAUCCCAAUGUUAUCUCCAUCGAAGGGGCUUAUGAGGAUGCUGUUGCAGUUUAUGUGAUCAUGGAGUUGUGUGCAGGAGGCGAGCUCUUUGAUCGGAUUGUUCAGAGGGGUCAUUAUACAGAAAGAAAGGCAGCUGAGCUUGCUAGGAUCAUAGUUGGUGUUGUUGAAGCCUGCCAUUCUUUGGGGGUUAUGCAUCGAGACCUUAAACCUGAGAAUUUCCUGUUUGUCAAUCAAGAGGAGGAAUCGCCUCUUAAAACAAUUGAUUUUGGGUUGUCUAUAUUCUUCAAGCCAGGUGAAACUUUCAGUGAUGUGGUAGGAAGUCCAUACUAUGUUGCACCAGAAGUUCUGACAAAGCAUUAUGGUCCAGAGGCAGAUGUCUGGAGUGCUGGGGUGAUCAUUUAUAUUUUGUUAAGUGGGGUCCCUCCAUUUUGGGCUGAAACUGAACAAGGGAUAUUUGAAGAGGUCCUUCGUGGUGAGCUUGACUUUUCAUCAGAGCCGUGGCCAAGUAUCUCAGAAAGUGCAAAAGAUUUAGUAAGGAGAAUGCUUGUUAGAGACCCCAAGAAGCGGAUGACUGCCCAUGAAGUUUUGUGCCAUCCUUGGAUUCAGGUUGAUGGUGUGGCUCCUGAUAAGCCUCUUGAUUCUGCAGUUCUUAGUCGCUUGAAACAGUUUUCUGCCAUGAACAAGCUUAAGAAAAUGGCUGUUAGAGUCAUCGCAGAGAGCCUUUCUGAAGAUGAAAUUGCUGGCCUCAAGGAAAUGUUCAAGAUGUUGGACACAGAUAAUAGUGGCCAAAUCACUUUUGAAGAACUUAAGGCUGGGUUGAAAAGAGUUGGUGCAAAUCUUAAGGACUCUGAAAUUUAUGAUUUAAUGCAGGCAGCUGAUGUUGACAAUAGUGGUACCAUUGACUACGGAGAGUUUGUAGCUGCAACCUUGAAUCUAAACAAGAUUGAGAGAGAUGAUCAUCUAUUUGCAGCUUUCUCCUACUUUGACAAAGAUGGCAGUGGUUAUAUCACUCAAGAUGAGCUUCAACAAGCAUGUGAGGAGUUUGGCAUAGAGGAUGUCCGCCUUGAAGAGAUGAUCCAAGAAGUGGAUCAAGAUAAUGAUGGGCGCAUAGACUACAAUGAGUUUGUGGCGAUGAUGCAAAAGGGAAAUCCGGCCUUAGCUAAGAAGGGUCUGCAAAACAGUUUUAGCAUUGGAUUUAGGGAGGUACUCAAGAUUGGCUGAAAUGGAUGGUGAGAAGUGCUUCUUAUCCUUUUCUCAAUGUUUUCUCAUUGUUGUAUAGAGUCGAGCUUAAUACAAAUUGUAAAGAUGAGGUGCCAGUUGAAAUAGGGAAGCCUGGAUAAUUUUAGAAUUUAGAUCUCGGACAUUUAAUGAAUCCCACAGCAAUGGAUUUUACAUCUGAAAAGGAUUAGACAACUGGAUUUGUUUUAUUGUAUAACAUGUGGAGAGUAAAUUUGUUGGUUACAUUUUUCA